AUGGAUUUCAUGAAGGCCUUCGAUCAGACCGUGCGGGAGAUCAAGAGGGAGGUCAAUCUCAAGGUGCUCAAGGUCCCCGAGCUCGAACAGAAGGUCCUUGACGCGACAAGUGAUGAGCCUUGGGGUCCACAUGGGUCUGCUCUUUCAGAGCUAGCUCAGGCCACCAAGAAAUACUCUGAGUGUCAGAUGGUGAUGGGUGUCCUCUGGGCCAGGCUGGGUGAGCGAGAUGCAAACUGGCGUCAUGUGUAUAAGGCACUGACGAUUAUUGAGUACUUGAUAGCGAAUGGUUCUGAGCGGGCAGUUGAUGACAUUCUCGAUCAUUAUUCAAAGAUCUCAGUUCUUUCGAGUUUUGAGUUUGUGGAACCUAAUGGAAAAGACUCUGGAAUAAAUGUGAGGAAGAAAGUGGAAACUCUGGUGGGAAUCAUCAAUGAUAAGGAGAGAAUAAAGGCUGUGAGAGAGAAAGCGGCCAGUAACCGUGACAAGUAUGUUGGGUUAUCAUCAACCGGGUCAUACAGAUCAAGCUCAGCCUCUGGAGGUAGCAACUACAGUUCAGGUGAACGCUAUGGCAGUUUUGGUGGCACAAGGGAGGCUGAUUCGUUCAGUAACAGUUACAGGGACAAAGAACCUGUUAAAACCUCUUCAAGUAGUACUGGCAGGCGCAAAUCUGGCAGCAAGAUAAGAAAGGACGUGGAUCAUGAUAGAAGCUCCUCGAAGUCCCCAUCUAACACCAAAGGCAAUGAGGAUGAAUUCGAUGACUUUGAUCCUCGUGGAUCUUCCUCAAACGGUGCAGCUAAUACAAAGACUGCUGAGGCGGAUCUUCUUGGCCCAAAUUUGAUGGAUGAUUUCCUUGGCGAGCCCGCAGCCACUCCAGCAACAGAAAGUGCUGCAGAACCUCCGGUUGAUCUGUUUGCUGAUGCAGAUUUCCAAUCGGCAAUCCCAGGUGCCGAAACAGCUGCGCAUCAGGAUGUCCAGGAAACUGUUGACCUUUUUUCGGGAAAUGCAACCUUUGCUUCAGCAUUUCCACCACAGACUGGGUUUAUCCCACCACCAACUUCUGGGACAUCUUCUAAUGCUAAUACUUCCGUGUCCAAGAACACAGUACCUGAACCAUUUGAUCCUUUCGGUGAUAUUCCUUUAAGCAAUUUUGGGGGAUCUGACCCAUUUGGUGACUUCAGCACCUCUAGUGCACCACCACCACCUGUACACAGCUCCACUGGAAAUAUCAGCACGUCAAGUCAGAACCUUGAGGCAGCAUCGGACUUUGGUGCCUUUGAAUCAAACACCGUGGAUACAGCUAAAGACCCCUUCGACUUUUCUUCCACUGGCAAUUUUGGCAAAGCAGAUGUAGCACCUUUGGCUGCUCCCAAAACUGGUGCCUCUGAUUUUGGUGCCUUCGUUGCAAACACUCAAGAAGCAGCUAAAGACCCCUUUGAUCUUUCUUCAAGUAUUAAUGGAAGGGCAGACCAAACACCUUUGGCAGCUCCCAAGCCCAACACCAAGAAAGAAAAUUUUCAGGUCAAAUCUGGCAUAUGGGCUGACUCUUUGAGCCGUGGAUUGAUUGAUCUGAACAUAACUGGACCAAAGAAGGUGAACUUAGCCGAUGUUGGGGUUGUUGGCGGCCUUAGUGAUGGGUUCGACGACAAGGCUCAAUCCUCAUGGACCGGAGGAUCUAGCCAACCCUCAUGGAACAUGGGUGCCGGAGGAUCUGGCCAACCCUCAUGGAACAUGGGUGCAGGGGGAUCUGGCCUAGGAAUGUCUGGAAUUCCUCCGUCUACGCAAGGCGGUGGCAUCGAGAGCUUGGCAAACUACAACAAGUAUCAGUUUGGUGGCUUCAAAUGA